CGUUCUGAUCCUGGGCGUCGGUUUUUCUCUCCCUCCCAGAUCCGGAACCUCGGAGCCCUCGGCAUCCUUUGCAAGCCAGGAUUUCCUCUGUGGGGGAAGGAAGGGAGUGGAAGGUCAGGCAGGGAUCUGUCUUGCUUCCCCAGAAAUGGUCCCGUGAAGGAAGAGGCCCCUGGAGACCACCACCCCGAGUCCCAGGAGCCCUUUGGAGUUGCUCUGCUGAUGAGAGGAAGGAUGGAGACACCCCCUUUGGCCAAGGAGGGGAGCGGAAAAGGCCCCAUGGUUCUUCAGCCUGGGAGCUGUGGGGAGAGCUGGACCAGAACCGAGCAGAAGGUCCUGCAGGAGGGAACCAUCCUCCCUUCAGAAGUUCCGCCCUGGAGCUCCAUCCAAUAUCGGGAGGCUGAGGGUCCCCGAGAACUUUGCAGCCGACUCCAUGACUUGUGCAGGCGAUGGCUGAACCCAGGAAAACACAGCAAAGCCCAGAUGCUGGACCUGGUGGUUCUGGAGCGGCUCCUGGCUCUCCUGCCCCCAGAGAUGGAGGGCUGGGUGCAGGAGUGUGGAGCAGAGAGCAGCUCCCAGGCGGUGGCCCUGGCGGAAGGCUUCCUCCUGAGCCAGGCGGAGGAGCAGAAGGAGCAGCUCCAGUGGCAGUGCUGCACUGUGGAGAUCAGAGAUCCUGAGGGAAAGAAGAACCCAUCAAAUCCCCCUCAGGAGCUAUUUUUCAGGAGGAUCCCUUGGGAAAAUCCAUGUCAAGACACUUCAGGAGAGAAACAAAGAAUGAAGCUUUCUGGUUUUUAUGAUGGAGAUCAAACAGCAGUUGAAGCUCCAAAUCAAGAGGGUUUGGUGUCCUUCGAAGAAGUAGCUGUGUAUUUCUCUAAGGAGGAAUGGUCUCAGCUGGAUCCUGACCAGAAAGCGCUGCAUUCAGAAGUCAUGCUUGAAAACUAUAGGAACGUGGUCUCUCUGGGUUAUAAUGGGCAGGAGAAUCAAAAUUCCUGUGAACUGUUCCAAGUGAUCAGUGCUAAAGAUGGAAGGGAGAAGUUUGGAAUUCGAAUGGAAUUCGAAAGCCAUGAGAGAAACCAGUCAAAGAAUUGGACUCAGGAAAGCUCAUCUUCCACUGAUACUCCGAUGCAAGACUUUCUUGCCCAAGAAGAGAAAAUAAGGAAAAAAUAUACUGGAAAAAGUGUGAAGCUAUUCAAAGGUAAAGUACAAGUAAAUGAAAACUAUUUAACCCAAAACAAAGGAGAAGAUGCUAUAAGAAGACACAAUGGACAAAAUUACAAUGGGACAUUCAUUCUUUCUCUUGGGAAUAACUUCCUUACAGCUCAAAAAGAGAUUGACACAAAAGAGAAGCCUUAUAAAUGUUUGGAAUGCGGAAAAUAUUUUAGGACAAGCAGGAAACUUACUUCCCAUGAAAGGAUCCACACAGGGGAGAAACCAUUUAAAUGCAUGGAGUGUGGAAAGACCUUCACUCGAAGAAGUAAUCUUAUUUCCCAUAAGAUGAUCCACACAGGGGAGAAGCCAUAUAAAUGCAAGGAGUGUGGAAAGAUGUUUACUCAGAGCAGAGACCUAAAAAUACACAAAAGGAUCCACUCAGGAGAGAGACCAUAUAAAUGCAUAGAGUGUGGAAAGACCUUUGCUAAUAACAGUAACCUAAGAAGAC